AUGUCAUCUGAAGUGAUUACAGAUAUCGUUUAAACAAUCUUAAAGGAUUAAUUAAAUGAAAUUUAAAUGAAACUCACAAAUUUAGAAUAAAAAGUAAUUAAUAUUGAAGAUUAACUGAAUACAGAACUGAAUAAAAAUCAUAAAUCUGCAUAAAAUCUCAAAACUAGUUUUACCAAUUUGGAAUCCUAAUUCAAAUACAUAAUUUUUGAAUUGAAUGAAGCCUAAACAAUGGCUAAUUUAGUUAUGGAAAAAACAGAGAAAAAAAUUAUGGAGACUCAAUAAUUAAAAAUUACAUAAAAUAAACAAUUUGAUGAAUUAUCAAAAAGUUUGAAUAUUCAAAAAAAUUUAGAAUAAAUAAACUCAAAUAUAUUGUAGUUUGCUAUACCAUCAUAAUUACUUAAUUAAAAUUGUUAUUCAUCUUAAGAGCAAAGUUAAUAUUAAUAAUAAGAUGAAAUGGUUUAUAAAACAUAAAGUGGAGGUAAGUAUCAUAAAUAAAAUUGCAAUAUAAUAUCAAAUUAUCCAAGUGUUAAACUAAAUGUAAAAUAGGCUUUAAAAUAAGGAUUAACAGGUUGUAAGAUCUGUAAAGCAUGA